AUGUCUACAUUGGACUCCAUCGACGCGAUUAUCUUCUCUCUCAGCAGAGCUUUCUGUAGCCCUUUCGCUGUUUUCGUUCAGAUCCAGGGAUGUACGAUAUGCUUACUCCUUGCUCUAGGCUGGUUAAUGGCUGCAUAUGUCAGGAACCGAGAGGUUAAGAGAAUUAAAAACAGCAUGAAAGCGGGUAACAGCUUGGCGUUUCUCUAUCAAGAUAUCAAUGAACUCGAGCACUCUAAGCAGCUUAAACUUCCUAGAAUCUCCGUUGUCAUGCCUCUAAAAGGUUUUGGAGAGCACAAUUUGCACAAUUGGAGAAGCCAGAUUACUUCUCUCUAUGGUGGGCCAUUGGAAUUCCUUUUUGUUGUAGAAAGUACUGAAGACCCUGCAUAUCAUGCUGUUUCCCGUUUAUUAUCUAUGUAUCAGGAUCAUGUUGAAGCUAAGGUUGUGGUUGCUGGUUUAUCGACGACUUGCAGCCAGAAGAUUCAUAAUCAAUUGAUUGGAGUUGAGAAAAUGCACAAAGAUACCAAAUAUGUGUUAUUCCUGGACGAUGAUGUUAGACUGCAUCCUGGAACAAUUGGAGCUCUCACGACUGAGAUGGAGAAAAAUCCAGAGAUAUUUAUUCAAACUGGGUAUCCUCUAGACUUGCCCUCUGGAACUCUUGGGAGUUAUUGCAUCUAUGAGUACCACAUGCCUUGCUCAAUGGGAUUUGCGACUGGUGGGAGAACAUUCUUUUUGUGGGGAGGGUGUAUGAUGAUGCAUGCUGAUGAUUUCAGACAAGAUCGAUACGGUGUUGCCUCUGGCUUACGUGAUGGUGGGUAUUCAGAUGAUAUGACACUUGCGGCUCUAGCAGGUGCUCACAAGAGGCUCAUUACAUCUCCUCCUGUUGCUGUUUUCCCUCAUCCUCUCGCAAGCGAUCUAAGCUUUGGACGGUACUGGAACUACUUGAGAAAGCAAACGUUUGUGCUAGAAUCUUACAUAUCCAAAGUGAACUGGAUAAUGAACAAGGCUUUGUUUGCUGUCCACUGUUAUCUGUCAUGGGGUUUUGUUGCACCAUAUCUUAUGGCUGUCGUUCACAUCACAUCAGCUUUAAGAAUCUACAUCAAGGGCUAUCAUCAACUUGAAGACACGACCUUUGCUUCUAGUGGUAUGUUGCUUGUUAUAAUGUUGGCGAUCUGUACCUUCAUCGAACUUCUUUCAAUGUGGAAUUUGACAAGACGAGAAGUUACGCUAUGCAAUAUGUUAUCACCGGAGGCUCCCCGUCUCUCUCUUGCAACUUAUAACUGGGGACUUGUGUUUGUAGCAAUGCUAGUGGACAACUUCUUAUACCCAAUCUCAGCUUUCCGUUCUCACUUUUCUCAAUCCAUAAACUGGUCUGGGAUUAGAUACCACUUGAAAAAUGGAAAGAUUUUCAAAAUCGAGAGACGAAAGGAUAUGGGACCAGCAAAGACCGAUUUAGGAGGGAAACACCUGUAUGGUAAGAAAGGAGCUCCUCAGAAAGCUUCCUUCUUAAGCUCACUGGGAAGAAAUUUGGCUCAUUGGCGACAACCCAAGAAGUUUGAUGUUUAA